CAUCUGCCGACAUGGAGGACACGGGCCUAUUCAUGGAGUGGGCGACGAAUAAGCUGCAGCACGAGCACCCUGGAGCCGCCGCCGACAAUGACUUCAGCGAGGCUACCUUCCCCUCGCUCCAAGCGCUCCGCGAGGCGUCGCACGCAGCCGAAAUGGUGCAGGAGCUGGUCGCGGGCGUUCAUGCCCCAAACAGCUGGAGCUCCGGCGACGGCGUCGGCGACACCGCCGCGAACCACCUGCCAGCGAUCUGGAGCUUCGGUGCCACGUCUGCACAGCCUGGCAGUGGCAGCAACGGCAUGAUGGAGGCCCCGGCCGCACGCGGCCAGCCGGAUCUGGUGCACGGGCCGCCGCCAACGAGGAGAGCCGGCUUGAGGGGCCUGGGAUCCAUGUCGGCAUCGUACGCGCAGGAUCACAUCAUCGCAGAGCGGAAGCGGCGAGAGAAGAUCAACCAGCGCUUCAUCGAGCUCUCCACAGUCAUCCCCGGCCUCAAGAAGAUGGACAAGGCGACGAUCCUCUCCGACGCGACAAGAUACGUGAAGGAGCUCCAAGAGAAGGUCAAAGACCUCGAGGAGGCCAGCGGGAGCAGCGGCAGGAGCAUCGAGACUCGCCUGGUGCUCGUCAAGAGGCCAUGCCUCCAUGCCGCGGCGGCGGCGGACGACGAUGGCUCCCCGUUCUCUCCGUCGCCUGGCACACCGACGGCGAGGAAAGAGCUGCCGGAGAUCGAGGUCCGGUUCUCGGAGAAGAGCGUGAUGGUGAGGGUUCACUGCGAGAACAGCGAGGGGGUGGCCGUGAAGGUUCUUACCGAGAUGGAGGAGCUCCAACUCGCCAUCAUCCACGCCAAUGUUAUGCUCUUCUCGGCUUGUACUCUGAUCAUAGCCAUCACGGUGAAGGUUGAGGAGGGUUUCACCAUAACAAAAGAGGAGAUUGUUGACAGACUCGACUCUGCAUUACUGAACCAGCAUAGCAGCUGCAACAGCACUGAACAAGCAGAAACCUGUUGAAGAAGCUAGCUUGCGGAAUACAUAAUUAAAUAAACACAUGCAACGGUAUGAAACGUCCGACGGCGAGGUGUGUGUCGUAGUAUAUUAAUGACACAUGGGUGUUUUCUAUUUUUUGUUUUAGGAUUUAUGCGGCUUUAUCCCUUGGUGUGUGUCACAUUUCGUCGCUUCACGUAGCGUGCAUGCAUGCGAUUAACGAUAACAUCUCACGCAUGGCCAUGCAUUAUUCACACAAGUGGAUGCUUGCGACGAGAAUUUCUGCACCACAUGUUUGCAGUUUGGCCGGAAGCAUCAAUACUUAAUUGCUUUACCACGCACGACGAAAAGUUCUGCACCGCAUGUUCUCAACUAAACGCGAAACAUCAACAACCAAGCAACUGGAUGCUACUAUUGUCGCAGAAAAGCACUCAAGAAAGAUCAAGGAAGUGUUCCUGCAAGUUGCUUUUUAUUUGCAUCAAACCUUUUCAUGCCUGUAAAAUAUAUAUAAGAUCAUGUACUAUAGUACUACCAUCUGUUCAUGAUGCUAGCUGUGUCCACCCAUCUAUUUUCAUGCAUGUGUAUUGUGUACAACUAUAUACUGCUGCAUAUAUUUUUUUAUCAGAAA